UGUCAAAUGAGCACACCGUCCAACCAAUUGCUUCAACACAGUCAUCAGGUGUGCAAACACCUGUUUGCUUAAUUGUAGACACACCAAUCAGGUGUAUAAGCACUAUAAAAAGCAGCAGGUGAGUUCAUCGGUCUUCAAGCACAAUGGAAAGAGUAAGACAAAGACGAGGACGAGGACGAGGACGAGGACGAGGACGAGGACGAGGACGAGGACGAGAAGAAGGACCAGGACCAGGACCAGGACCAGGACGAGGACGAGGACCAGGACCAGGACGAGGACGAGGACGAGGACGAGGACCAGGACCAGGACCAGGACCAGGACGAGGACGAGGACGAGGACGAGAAGAACGACCAGGAAGAGGAAGACAAGCAUGUGCUCAAAGAGGACCGAAUCUGACAAAUGAGAUCCGCGCAACACUGGUUGACCACGUUGUCAACCACGGCCUGACGCUGAGGGAGGCUGGACUGCGAGUUCAGCCAAAUCUAAGCCGAUAUACAGUGGCAAGUGUGAUAAGAACAUUUCGACUGGAAAAUAGGUAUUGUAAAAAUAUCCUAUCAAAGAGGGAGAUAGUAAAUCUGGUUUUGGCCAACAAUGCUAUAACACUCAAGCAGCUCCAAGCUAACAUUGUCAAUGACCACGCCAUUUUCAACAAUAUCCAUCAGGUCUCAACAUCAACACUGGCACGCAUCCUAAAAAAAACCCAUAUUCAAAUGAAGCAAAUUUAUAGAGUGCCUUUCGAGCGCAAUUCCGAAAGAGUGAAACGAGCGCGGCAUGAUUAUGCAGAGAGAGUUUUACAAAUGGAUGGAGAGGAGAUCCAGCAUGAGUUCAUUUAUGUAGAUGAGGCUGGGUUCAACCUGACGAAAACACGAAGGAGGGGAAGAAACAUCAUUGGCCACAGGGCUAUAGUCAAUGUCCCAGGGCAACGUGGGGGUAAUAUAACACUCUGUGCAGCCAUUACACAGAAUGGGGUCCUCCACCGCCAUGCCCAUAUGGGCCCUUACAACACAGCACUCAUUCUUGCAUUCUUGGACCAAUUGCACAACAUAACUGCAUUAAAUCAAAUCGAUCGUAUGCAAUACAUUGUUGUCUGGGACAAUGUGUCUUUCCACCGCUCUGCUCUGGUUCAGAACUGGUUUCAGCAACAUCCACAGUUCACAGUCCUAUACCUUCCACCAUACUCUCCAUUCCUCAACCCUAUAGAAGAGUUUUUCUCUGCUUGGCGGUGGAAGGUAUAUGAUCUCCGUCUCCAGGCUGAGGUCCCCCUCAUCCAAGCCAUGGAGGACGCCUGUGACCAGAUGGAGGUUGCAGCAAUGCAAGGAUGGAUUCGUCAUUCAAGACGUUUCUUUCCAAGGUGUCUUGCUAAUGACAACAUUGCUUGCGAUGUUGAUGAAAUUCUCUGGCCAGAUCCAGCUAGGCGAAGAGACAAUAUCUAGUUUUUUAAUGUAAUGUUUUUUUUUUUCAUUUACAAUACGUAAAGUGACGCUUGGUUACAGUAUUAUGGAUCUCCAUGUCAACAUUUUGGGCGUGUUGAGAAAUAAAUGAGUAUCUUCAAUCAGCAACAUUGGUCUUGUGUAGUGUUUGGUGAAUUUACAUUAUAUUUGUACUUUGUUGAUGCAGUAGCCUACUCUAAUCAUAAGAAAGUAGAAGUGCUAAAAGUGUUUUAAGUUUAUCACAGUAGAGUGUAACUCGUGCAAACAGAGUAUAGUAAUGUGAAACGUGUGUGCUUCAUAUGGUAACAAAGUGUGUUUUUUAAAAAGAAGUGUAUAGUUUUAACAAGUGUGUUUAAUUUUGCAAAGGAUCUUUAGUGUUUUGCUAAUUGGGUGUGUGGUUGUGCUAAUUGUGUGUAGUGUUUUGAAAACACGGGCCCUGUUUUGAAAAUUGUGCUUUAGCAAUCCAAAAAAAC